AGCCUAAACUAUCCGUAACUAGAUAUCAAUCUAUCUUAAUAGGUUCGCGUCUUUUAGCGUACCUAGUAGGGACAUCCAACCCCGCAAUCUGUGUCUCCCACAUGUCCCAUUGUGUACUAACUUAAAUGUUGUUUGUCCCCAACAGCCUUGACUGUACUGUCCUUUCCAGUCUCUACUUCUGCAUCUAACAACGAAAAUAUAAUGCCUUCUCGUAAACUCAAAGACAGUGAAAGGCGUCGAUGCGCCAACGCCUGCUACACUUGCAAGCGUCGCAAAGAGCGCUGUGACGGUCGUCAGCCGUGUGGCCGUUGCAUCACUCGUGGGGUAGAUGCCGAAUGCAGUUUUACCCCUUAUCCGACAUCCAAGCGAAGAGUACGGAACGUCCGCCAUAAUUGCGUCAACCCUGCAUCUAGCCGAGACCAUUCACAGGACUCCGUAUCACCAAGCGUCUCCUCCAUAGAAGUCUUUGACCAGACUCUGUCUCAAGUCAGCAGCCAGCUAGGACAUGAUUUACACAGAGGCCACACAGAUCGUCCGCAGCUUUCUACGCUCGUACAAGAUGGCCACGGGAAGUUCGUCUUCAUUGGUGACGCAGCAAACUUGUCCUUUCUGCAAAUCGUCCGACGUCUAGUUCGUGACUCAGUCGGUCCCUGUGCCUUCACAGAGGAUGCUCUGCAACAUCUCAUGGUUGAGGCCAAGCCGUCGGACAGCUCCACAUGGUUCGUCGACAUCAUGGAUGAUACACCGGUUAUGCCCGAGGAGGAAGAGGCUCGCUAUCUACUCUCCUGGUUCUUUCGCUCAACGAGCUGUGUGCUCAACCUCUUCGACGAAGGAGAAAUAAGCAAGUCUUUGACAUCUUGGUACCAAGUCGGCUCAAAUGAACCAGAGGAAAAAGAUUCAGCAGCUGUUUUCUUUCUCGUACUUGCCAUUGGGGCCCAGACUUGUCCCGAGAACAGAGACCGGGAAGCAGAGCAAUAUUUCAACUAUGGACGCUUCCUGACCUCAUCCAUCAUCAUGGACGACAUCAGCAUAUCCGCCGUCCAGUCUAAUAUUCUCAUCACCAUGUACCUCUUAGGUGCAUCACGCCGGAACGCUGCAUUCAUGUACCUCGGCAGCGCUGUCCGCGCCGCAUACGCUCUCGGCAUUCAGCGACACGAUAUAAACAAACAUUUCAAGCAAUCCGAAUACCUUCUACGGGAGAGGCUGUGGAAAGUCCUCCGCGUUCUGGAUCUCUUCAUGAGCGCAUCACUUGGUCGUCCGCCAUCAACACACGAAACUCGAAACACAGGCAUCGACGGAAAUUACUCGGCCUCCAAUGAUCUCUGCGCUAUUUUCGAAGACAUCCUUACCAAUAUCUACUCUCCGCAAAAAGUCUUAAACAGCCACUUGGAACGAAUCAGUGAACACCAUCGACAAUGGGCGAAUAGGUUUCCCUUGGGUCUGGCUACUGAUAGCAUUAAACCAUCGAAAUUCAUUGACGAGGCCGAUGGGAAGGAAACACCAAAUAUCGGUCUCUGCCACCUCAAGGAAGCGUAUUACUGGACAAUCAUGCUUCUUGCUCGACCGUCCUUGACGAAAAGCACUUCUAAGCACAUGUCUAAGACGUCGCAGGACAUGAGUCAGUGCGAACCUCCAACUGCUGCAACUGAGCCAGAUCAAGUCCUCGCCUUUUCCUGCGUUGACUCUGCUGUACGGACAGUUGACCUCCUGAAAGUAAUGGGAGACAACCGGGAGAUCCCAAAACGUCUCCCAUUUGUCGUGAAUUCUCUAUUUGUUGCAGCUUUGGUACUUGGAACGGCCUACUUUAACGACUUGGAUCAUAUCUUCCCUCUUGAGAAAAGCAUGAUGGGUGUACGAUCCUUGAUGACUCGGUUCAGUACCCAUGAUCCUGUUGCCAAGGGUGCAUUGCAGACCAUCGAUAAUCUACAGACAGCUUGCAACAUAUACGUGGAUGAGAGGGCACGUCGGAAGAUGGAGAGGCAGAGCCUUCUUGUGCGGAACCUGUUUGGUACUGUGCAUGAGGGGUCUAGGCCACAGACACCGAAUCCUCAUGAAAAGGCAAAGCCAACGCCUCUCAGUAUUUUCAGUCACAGUGAGGAAAUCCUUGAUUCUUGGUCAUUUGCAGAAUCCAUCGGAGACGUGGACGGUGGACUGAUGGGCAUGUUACCCCACGAAGCCUUGGAGGCAUUCUCACUUCCCACGCCUACGACUAUUGAGUUUGAGUCUUUUGAUAAUAGUUUCCCUUUGUUCUCAACUGUGGAUGUAUGUAGUUUUGAAGUUGAAGGGACAUUAGGAGCGAACGAUCUGGCAUUUGGACUAUGAUAUAAGUAUCUACAGGCCCUCCGUAAGACCUGAUGAGUUUUAUGUAUUCAAGAUAUAGCUGAUAUAUUACAAGGAGAUGCAGUC